GGAGAAUUUCAGGUAUAUUUUUUUUUUGUAUGAUUUCAAAUAUAUGAUUUAAUUUGUACUAAUCUUUUUGAUAUUGCCUAAAUUUGUACAGAAAGAAUUUAGGUGGUUGCCUGAGUACAGCACGAGGAUCAGAUCUAAUUUUGAGAGGAGAGGAGCGACCCGUCUCAGAGACAUGUUCACGGACAUUAGAAAGUCCGGGCAGAGGCCUAAUUGGAUUGGAGAGGGCGUUUGGGCAGAUUUGAGUAGUGCUUGGGCUACCCCGGAGUUUAUAAAAAUGAGAGAGCAGAAUAAACAGAACAGAGCCUCUGACUGCGGCGGUUUAGGAAGCUCUCUUCAUACUGGUGGAUCUGUACCUCAUACAGAACAUAGGCGGCGACUGAAAGCGCACCUGGGUCGGGAGCCAACACCAUUGGAGCUGCAUACAAGAACUCAUCAACAUCAAGCUGACCAGAAUUGGGUUGAUGAGAAAUCUAAGAAGGCUCAUGUGAGUAAAAUUUUUUGGAUUUUUAGAAUAAAUAUUUAUUUUAAUAAAACUAUUUGUAACUUGCAGGAUGAUUUCUUACGAGUUAGAGAAAGUAGGCAGUCCACUGGCGAGGGAUCAUCUUCUGGAUCGGCCCAUACUUCUGAGUAUCAGACAUGGUCAGAAGUUGUUGGUGGAAGACAGAGGGGGAGGGUAUAUGGCAUGGGUUCACAAGCUUUUGCUAUUGAGUCCAGUUCAUACACCUCUGCAUUCCAUGAUCCAAGUGGAGCUGAAGAAUCUGUAAGUGAGAGGGUUGCAGCACUUACUAGAGAGAUUGAAGAGAUGAAAAGGGUUCAGAAUGAAAUGCAAGCAGAGUUGCAAUCCUACAGAGCUGGAAAACAAAGGAAGAAGGACCAACAGGAGCAGCCAUCUGCAGACAGUGAGGAUACCGAUGAUGAUUAGAUGUUUAUUAUGUUUGAUGAAUGUAUUAAUUAGAACUUGUAAACUUCUGAACUGGUGAUUGUAGCAUUAUUAAGAACCAUUCUUGUAUGAACUUGUGAUUGUAAUGUUGUGAUGAAUUUUGUAUUUUCUGGUUGUGAUGAAUAUAGCGGCGUGUUGCCCAACA